UUCCUCCAAAAACCCUCGGCGUUUGUUCUCACCACCAAGGAAAACGACAAUCGUCAGACUCGCAGCCUGUUAUCGCCGGUGCCGUCGCUUGGAUUCCGACUGAAAACAGUUUAAUGGAUUCUGAGGCUGAAGACACAAAAUCCCAGUUAGAACCACUACCCAAGAAGAACAAGAACAAGAAGAACAAGAAGAAAAAGGAUUCUCCACCUGAACCGGUUCCGGUUCCGGUUCAGGUUCGGGCCAAGGUCCAAGUGGUCCAUGAGCACCCGCAUAAAACACCUCCUAUUGUUGGCUAUUUUCCUUCUGGCUUUGAUCCGGUCAACUCUUCUGCCAAUGGUUCCGAUUCGACCGGUUUUCAAGUUUAUCGGAACAGGAACAUGACCAAAAGGUUGCAGCUUGUGGUCAGCCCUGCUGGGUCUCCUGUGGAAUUCGUCGGAACGAGUUAUUCUGGCGAGGCUGGGGCUGCACACCGCGCCAUGUAUGCGCUUGGAGUUUUCGACAAGGAAGCUCAGACCUUGAAGGUUGUACCAAUUGCUGCUAAUAAGAUAUUCAGGUUGGAACCAAAAGUUAAAGCCUUGGAAGUUGCUGACAAGGAGCCUGUGAACUCGACAAUGGAAGAGCUUACUCCGCAGCUGAAGGCAGUGAAAGCGAGACAGACUACUGCUUUGUGGGGAACUAAGAAGGAAAUAGAGAAAGCUAAAAAGAAGCUGGCUCUCAAACAAGAUGAUGAUCCUGAUGCUCAAAAGAAUCUGGAUGUGAAAAUGAAAAAUGUUGUUGUAAACAAAAAGGCUCUUGAAAGUACAGAAGCUCUUGUUUCUCGCAAUAUACCACCAUAUGAUACUUCUGCUACUACACCUCAAGAGGCAUAUAUACUGGACCAAAUCAUCCUUAAAGGUGAAUGGGAUUACCUUGAAGACAUUUAUAAUAUUUUGCACGGAGAAGAAGCCGACUUCAAGGCUUACCCAACUUUUGUUUGCAACAGGAUAGAGAGAUUAAAGAAGAUUAAGGAAGAGUCAGAAAAGAAGAAGCUUUCUUGCAUAUUCUCAUACAUCAAUCAUCUUAUAAAGUUCAAAGAUCAGCAUUCCAUGGAUGGUGUAUCCUCUGCAAAGGGCCAUAAAAUCCCCAACAUUCUGCGUCAUAAAUUUUCAUCAAUGUUUCCUGCUUCUGAAUCAAAAAGGCUGCCUGCUGAAAAGAUUAAUCUUCUCAUUUGUUAUGUCUUGGUGCUGACUCUUUUCUCAGAUGAAUUUCGAACUGACUACAGGGAUAUAGCAAAGGAUCUGAGGAUGAGUGUAAUACCCGUGAGACAACUCUAUGAGCAUUUGGGUUGCAAAUUUGCACGCCAAAACAACAUGUCUUAUGCCACCCUUCCUGUUCCUCUUAAAUUUCCUGAUUCGAGGACGAGGAAGCGAAAAAGAUAGAUGGAUCAUUUUUGAGUCUGUUUUUUUGUCAUUGAAUGUUGCAAAUCAAGUUGUCUGCCUGUCUCUUUGGUGCAGUGAUGUCAAAAAUUGCUAUCCAACCCCACUAAUGGUAGGAUAUUUAAGAUAUUUUUUUUUAUCUGCACAAUUUGAGCCAUGUUUGUUGUUUUACUAAUCAUGGAAGUUACUCUGAAAUUAGCAUCACAUAAAUUGAUAG